CUGCUUCCUUAACUAUUCUUAAUUUUCAAUUCAUUCAUUUCAUUACAAUUUUUAAGAUGGACCCCCAGAAGAUGAGCUAUGAAGCUGGACAGGCCCAGGGCCAAGCUCAGGAGAAGACUAGCAACUUAAUGGACAUGGCUAGCAAUGCUGCACAGUCUGCAAAAGAAACCAUGCAAGAGGCUGGUCAGCAGAUAAAGGCAUCAGCACAAGGAGCUGCUGAUGCUGUGAAGAAUGCAACUGGCAUGAACAAAAACUGAUCCAAUUAAUUAAGCUGAAAGGAUCCUAAUCAUGUAGUUUCACUCAGUUUUUGUUUUAUUUUAUUUUAUUUUCUUGUUUUCUAGAGCAUUAUGUAUAAAAAGGUGCUCUAAUUUGUGUUUGCAAUUUUGUUAAUUGCUCCUUCUAUAUUAGGAGUCUUGUGAAUAACUCUUUGUUUCAACAACAAGAGUACUAUGAUGUAGUUUUCGCUUAAUUCAUUAAUCAAUAAAAUAUAUAUUAGAAUAAUCAA